UAAAUCGUGCUUGACUGUAUAUGAUAAUCAUAGAUAAACUAACUAUAAUGAUAACAAGAUUUUGAAAUAAAUAAUUAUUGUUAUUGUUGAUAACAUAAGGCUGACUGUUGCGCGUGGUCAAUAUUACGCGUUCUGCUUACCUUGUAAUUCAACUACCAAGUGCUAAAGCCAAUUGUAUCAUGGGAAAACGAAAGUUAGACAAAAAGUCGUCGUUAUGCGAAUUGUCGAUUUGUCCGAAUGUGAAGCGAAUCUGUUCGCGGGAACCGACAGAAGAUGGAACGAUAAAGACUCUCACCGAACUGGAGUAUGCUCAACUCAAGAAAUAUCUGAAAGAGAAAAAAAAAAUGUUGAAAACUUUCCCAAGAAUAGUACUAAAUGCUCGUGGGCAGUUGUCACAAUUAAAUGAUAAUGGUUGUAGUGAAAGUCCAUUGUCACCUUCAGAACUAAAUGAAUUAAUUUUAUACUCGGUUUAUGGACCAGGAAAAUUUGUCCCAAGAUGGUCGAGUUUAGAAAUGCAAUGUAAUUUAAAUCAAACGUGUGUUUUAAUAAUUGAUGGCUGUGAAGUAAAAACAGUUGAUGAUUUUUCACGUUUUAAAAAUUCUUUACCAAUGUUUUCAAAGUAUAAAUUCUUACCUCCUGUUGAAAUUGAACUACCCCCAAGCUGGUGUGCUGAAUAUGAUACAGAAUCUAAAACGUCAAACACUGACGAAAAAUCUUUAAACCCAACUUUGAUACAAAAUGAUAAUGUUGAUAAUAAAGAAGUUUGUUCAAGGACCCGAUUAUUAUUAUCUUUAAAUCAGAUGAUGAUUCAUAACUAUCCUUUGCCGACUAAUAAACGCCAAUUCACACUAGAUGGUUUCAGAUUCACUAAAAGUCAUUACAAACCUGUUACUGAUAAAAGCCCCAUGUUUGCCAUUGAUUGUGAAAUGUGUUAUACAUCCAUAGGUAGAAAUGAACUCACUAGAGUUUCCAUUGUUGAUGAACAAUUGGAUAUUAUCUAUGAGGCUUUGGUUAAACCAAAUAAUAAAAUUACCAACUAUUUAACCCAGUAUUCUGGAAUCACAGCAUCUAAACUUAAAGAUGUUACAACCACAUUGUCAGAUGUACAAGAAGUUAUUAUUAAAUUAUUACCUCCAGAUGCAAUAUUGGUUGGACAAUCAUUAAAUUGUGAUUUGGAAGCAUUAAAAUUAUUUCAUCCAUACAUUAUAGACACUAGUAUUAUUUUCAAUUUAAAUGGAUGUAAAGGGUCUAAAAGUAAACUAAAACUUUUAGCAAAAUCAUUUCUAGAUAUGAAUAUUCAAUGUGGUAAUCUGGGCCAUGAUCCUAUUGAAGACAGCCGUGCUACUAUGUUACUAGUAAAGCUAAAAUUAUGUAAAUCACUGACUUAUGGAGAUGCAUAUUUAAUAGGUCAAAAGAGAUUAGCUGAAUUUGUAAAUACUAAAACGAAAAUAAAUGUCAAGCAUAUAGAAACAUUUAAAAAGUUUUUGUCAUUACUAAAAAGUGUAUCUGAAAGUUCAGCUAUAGGUAAAGUACAUUUGAAAAAAAAUCUAAUGACACCAUAUGACAAUAUAUGGUCAACAUCUAAGUUAGUCAUUGAUGAACAUUCAACCAAUAAAGCUGUUUUAGAAGCCGUAUGUCAAUCAAUGGAAGACAGCAAUAAUCGAUUUUGCAUGGCACAUAUGCAAUUAAAAAAUAAGAAUAAUUUAGACCUAGUAAAUCGGUGGUGUGAAAAGUAUUGGGCAGCAAUGUCUUCAUUUUCACUUUGUGCCGUUUUAUUUACUGGCUGUGGUGCAGAAGGCAAGAAUUCUGUUUGCUUUUUGAAUGUCAAACAGCCACCAUUGAAUCAUUUACAGGAUUGUAAGUUUUGAAAUAAUUUAUUAUUGAAUAUUAUUUAAAAUUUAAUGUAUGUU